AUGAGGAAUAUAAUAACUGAUGAGGAAUGCAUGGGUCUUAAUCUUGACUAAUAUGAUAGUCCAAAGAGCAUUCUUGAAUUAAGUUGCAUUCCUAAUAAGCUUAAUUACAUUCACGCACUAAUCAAACUUAAGUUCAAAUUAGAAUUUAUCACUGAUGUUACUGGUCUAAGUUAAAAAAUAACUUACUAAUCACUAGCUGAGGACAAUUACUCAUUAAACAGAGCAGAACUUAAUAGGGAGCAAAAAUCGCUUAAAAAUCUUGCCAACAGACAAGCAAGCACACUAUUCUGGAACCCCAUUCAUUUUGCUAUAUACAACGAUCAUGAAUUGUAUGUUAGGUAUUUUUUCGAGUAGCUAUAAGAACCUCUUAGUCUUGGUAUACGAGACCCAGAGUACCUAUAGAAGAUUAGUACUAGUAAUAACAAAAUUGAGCAGUAUUUAGAAGAAAUAUAUAUGGUCGUAUUAUGUGCUAACAAAAAGAAUUUUAAGGUUUUUGACUAUCUUGUAAAUGAAAGAGGUUAGUAUUGGAAUUACUAAAGAUUGAAGUACUUAGUUCGCACACUCAUUGAGUUAGUUUGGAAAGAAGGGAUAAGAUCAGUAUUACUAGGUUAAACUUUCAAGACAUUAUAUGGAUCAUUUACCGUUAAAGGAAGGUUUUAAAUGUUGGAAGAGAUUAUUGAUCCCUUAUUUGACACUCUGGAUAAGGUAAGAGAUCAAGUACUCAUCAAUGAUAUUGUAGAGAAUCUAAAAACAUAGCCAUUCAUCAGUGUUUCAUUCUUUAACAUUAUCAAGGGCCAUUAUUACAAUUUGAAACCAGAUAAUAGGGAUGACACUUUAAAAUAAGUUGUCUCAAAAUUAUACAGAUCAGAUAUAGUUUUCCUUAACAGGGAACUUUAAAUAACUGAUCUAUAACCAUUUAUCAAAGAAUUAAGUUAAACCGAGAAGCUUUUUAAUGUAAACAACUUUAAGCAAUUCUAGAUAUAUAUUGCAGAAGGAAUGCUUAACAAGGAUAAGGAAUUUGAGCAUUAUUACAAUGAUUUACUCACUGCAUGCAGAGAUAAGGCAUUAGAUAAAAUAGAAGCCCUAUUGGAUACAAUAGAUGGUAAAAAUUUCAAUAGAGCUAGAGAAAACUAGCCAUUACAAAUGGAGAUUUUACAUAGUGAUCAGUUCUCAACAAUUUUAGAGACCUCUCAUUGGGGUCCAUUAUUAUAGGCUUUUGGAUAUAAAAAUAUGAAUCUCUUUAUAUAAAUCAUCACAAGGUACAGAUUUAAUUUAUCUAAGGAGGUAUAACUAGAUCCAGACAAUGAUGUUGGAGAAACAACUUCUGGUUAGUUUAAUGAGAUACUCCUAUUCUUACUCGUAAUUCAUCAGAAAUCAAUUCCGUUGUUGCAAGUGAUUAUUUCUCCGAUGUUAAACUUUCUUUGGAAAGUGCAGCACAUCAAAUUGGUCUGCGAAGUUUUGAAAGCUGAAAGAUGGUAUGAUGGAUUAUAGAGUUUUAUUUCUUCGAGUUUCUCCAAAUAGUUUUUCAGUUCAAUCAAGUAUUAAUCUCAUAAUACGAAAUAAGAGCUUAUUAAAUCGAUGCUUUUGCCUAUGGAUGAUCCAUAAAUAAGGAAAGAUGAUUUAGUUAGAGUGCACUAUGUAAUUAGCUAAAGACCCUAUUCGAUACACACUAUGAUCUACAUUCUAGAGAAUAUAGACUUUCUUUAAGAAAGCAUUCAAAAAGACUUGCUAAUAGUUGUCAAAACAUGCAAUGAAAACAUUAUUGAUGAGGAUAUAAAAUAAUGGCUUGUUGAUUAAAAGAGGUCUGUUGCUAGUCUUAUAUUGGUUAAAGACUUUAUGAUAAGGGGAUUAGAUGAUUAAAGUUUGAUUAAAAUGAACCUGAUGAAUGAGCUUGAUAAGUUCAUCUAAAUGGUGAGAAAGACAGAUGGUUAUGCCUAAUUAGAGGAAGAAGCAGAUUUUAAUAGUCAGGGGUAAAGUUUUCAUAGCUCCAUAAUUGGAGUGCCUCAAUAGGAUUAUAGAAGAGAUAUAUAUGUUUGA